GACUGCCCCACAAACACCAAGCUAAGCAGAGCUCUAGCUAGUCGGUUUUUUUUGUUUUGUUUUGUUUUGUUUCUCCUUUUCAUGUUCUUUUGAAGAAGGGGGCGCCUCACUUGGUCUCAACUUCUCACAGACCAAGAAAGACGGCCAACGUGACACGACGCCGAGCGAAGAAAAUUGGAGGAAACGAAAAUGCAGUCUGCGGUGAAGCAAAACCUCCACGCUGAGUGUGAAGGAGACAUCAACAAACUCAUCAACCUCAAGCUCAAUGCAUCCUACACCUACCUUUCCCUGGGCAUGUAUUUUGACAGGGACGAUGUUGCCCUUGAGAAAUUCUCCAGUUUUUUCUUGGAGCUCUCUGGGAAGGAACGAGAACACGCUGAGAAGCUGCUGGAGUAUCAGAACAUGCGAGGGGGUCGCAUUUUGCUGCAGACUAUUGCUAAACCAAGUAGGGAGGAUUGGAGAGGUGGUCUGGAUGGGAUGUCUUUCUCCCUGGACUACCAGAAGGCCAUGAACACUUGUAUUCUGGAAGCACACCGCAAGGCUGGCACCCACACCGACCCCCAUCUUUGUGACUUCCUCGAGCAACACUUCCUGGGCGACAGCCACGACACCAUCAAGAAGUUGGGCGACUACAUUGGCAGUCUGAAACGCAUCGAAGCGUCCGACAGCCACAGGGCCAUGGGAGAGUACCUCUUUGACAAGCACAGCUUGUAAAGACCUCGCUCGUAAAAGCAACAAUCAACCCUGUUUGUUGCAUUUGCUCCACCAAGAAAGCUGAGCAAUAUUUUUAUGGUUGAAGGCAAUGUUGUACUGCAGGAGCCAAGUACCCACAAAUACCUCAAACCUCUUUAGCACAAUAGCUAUGGUGCUCAAAAGUAGUGUUUUCCUAUUUUCCUACAUUCCUAUUGGUCAAACAUUGAUUGAAUAAACUACACUUAUACCCAG